GCUAGCUCUGAUGCUUCAGUUGCCAGCUACUGGAAAGCCUUUGGAUGCUGGAGGCCAUGGGAGCUAUUGGACUUCUGGUGCUCAUUUUGGCUGGGUCCAUUGCUGAAGACACAGCAUGCAGUGUGUCCUCGAGUCCACUGUGUUACAAGAACAAUACUCAACCUCAGGAGGACUUCUUUUGUGAAUGGAAGGACCAAGACACUUCUCAAAAUGUUAAUUAUACUAUUUUCAUUAAUUCAGCCAGUUCCUCAUACAAUAGCCGAUUUGAAGUUCGAGGUUCAUUGUACAGAGACCUGCCUGUAGAAAGUCUAAUUACUACACGUCCAUUGGAGAUAUGGGUACAGAGGCAAGAAGGCACCAAGAUUUGCACCUCGCCCAAAUUUUCUGUGACCCUUAUUAACUCAGUCAAAUACAGUGCUGUUCAAAUAAAGAACAUGACAAGGUCAGCUGGAACUCUUACACUAAGAUGGCUCAGAGCAGACAAUAAAGGUGCUGAUCAUGAGAUCAGAUGGAAGAAGAUUAAUGCUUCAUGGCAAAAUGAAACAUUUGUGACUGAGGACAGCAUAAAGAAUGAAGUUACACUGGAUUCCUACACACUACGCCUAGACCAUUAUUCAGUGUACCAGGUGCAAGUCAAGCGCCGGGCCAAGCAAAGCAUCCUGUGGAGUGACUGGAGCCAUAUUGUUGACAUUCCCCUUGAAGUUCAGCAGCCUAUUGUCAACUGGACAGAAAAAAAGCUUGAAGGGAAAAGAGCCAUUAUACUCAGCUGGAAUGUGCCGCCUGCAGAAACUGCUCUGGGGGGUGUCAUUUACAAACUGACUCUGGCGCUACCUUGUGAAAGGAAAACCAAAACCACUAAGAACACCUUUUAUAAGAUGUUAAUAACUUACUCUGAAGCCAGAGUUUCUAUUGUUGCAAUAAACAAUGUAGGGAACUCACCUUCUCAACAGAUCAUCAUUCCCCCUGUUGAACAUUUAAAAUACUGUCACACCAAUGUGGUAUCACAAGGAAGACGUGCUUAUACUAAUCGAACACACUGCUUGGAGUGGUAUAAGCUUAUAGAUGGAGAGACACGGCCAGUAAAUGUACACACCUCGAGUUCUGAUACAAUUGAAGACAUUAAAAAACAUAUGAAGGAAUUUGUGCGCUAUUACUACUUUCUUGACACUGGACGUAACCAGCGACGACGCACAACUUUCAUGUGCCCCAUUUAUUCUGCAGAAGGAGCACCAAUUGCACGUCCACAGAAUAUCACAAUUUUAAAUGAGACACAUAAUUCAGUGGUGCUGAGGUGGAGAUCCAUUCCUGUUCAGGACCAGCAAGGUUUCAUGCAGCACUAUGUAAUAUGGAUCUCAAAGGAAGGCCACAGAGAAGCAGCUUACCAUGAAGUGCCAGCAAAUCAAACUAGUUUCCUUCUUAGGAACCUUGAUGCAGGGUCCUCUUACACAGUCCACAUCGCUGGACAAACAAAAAUAGGGGCAGGCCCUAAUUCUACUGCAAAUUUCUUCACGAUCCACUAUGGGUUGUCAAGGAGGAACACGAUCAUCUUAACUGUUUGUGCAGUUUUGCUUCUGAUUUCAGUUGCAUUCUCUGUUGUAAUAAAAAGGCUAAGGAGUAAGCUGUUACCAGUUAUCCCAAGCCCUGUGAUUAGUGUCACACCUUCCUAUCAUCUAAAUAAUCAGGACAUGAGUGUGGCGAGUGAGGAGGUGCACAAUGUGAUUCUGUUGUACCAGAAACACAGUCACAGACCCAACCAUGAGCAAAGCACCUUGCUGCGAGACUGUGACCUCAGAGUCUGUGAAGAGGAGGAGGAUGAAGAGACUGAAGCACAUUUUACUGAUUUACACUCUGCUGACCAAUCCAGUUCCUUUCCAAACAUUAUUUGUAAAGGGAAGACACUGAGGCUCACGGUCCCCCAGUUGGCAGCAGAAAAAAACCAGAGGGAGGUGAAUGAAGAGGUCAGCGUUCUCUUAUACAGAGAUGGCCUUUCCUUGGAAAACAAAGGCUUGGAGAAUGAGGUGACAUCACUGCAGGUAUCUUGAGUGUUUAUUGGAAAUUUUACCAAUUACAGUUAUAAACAAAUAAACAGUCAUGUGAGCAUGCAUGAAUGGUUCCAGGAUGUGGAGAAAUCAGAAGUGCUGUGUUCACAAAAGAUUAGAGCUUCUCUUAGGUGCUAAUUUGCAUUGGCCAUGUCAGUGCGUGUUGUCAAUUGUACACCUAAAGCAAACUGUAAGCAAAAAUGGUCAAAUGUCACCAUGUUGUUUUUUUUGUGUUACUUAACGCACGGAAAUGACCAAGUUCUGAGAAGCAGCUUCAAAAUUCUCAGGAAACCGGUGGAGGUUGCAGUGCAUACUCACCAUAUGACCUCAUUGUGGUCUCAUUUACAUGGGUAGUGCUUUUCUGUUGAUGAGUAAAACUGCUUAGCUUCAAGGAUGUUACCUUUACUGGAGUUUUUGUUUUUUACAUAACAGAAAGAAGAGAAAAAAAACCUGAAUUUCCAUAUCAAUCCUGGAAUAUACUGAUAAUUACAGUAACAAUGAGGUUUCUGUGGCAUGGGGGUUACUCCAUGCAGAGGUGCUCCUGAAUGUUACUAUGCUGAUGUG